AGUCCAACAACAAAGGAUACAUUUUCAUUGGUUUCGUUUCCUCCAUUUGAGCUACAAGUACAAUUUUGAAUCAUCUGUUAAAAGUGCAACGUUGGCUGGCUAAAACAUGUUAUUUGAUACAUUUGGAAAGCUUCUCGAAGUACGAAUUCAAAUAGGAAUUAUCCUAGCCGUUUUCUGUGGAUAUUGGAUCAAAAAACUUCUUUUCAGAACUGAAACAACAGGCCAAUUGAAGUCUCCGUUCGCAGAAGACUCAAGAACUCCUCUAACCCCGUUGAUUACUGACCAUACCAAACGCGAUGAAACUAUGAAAAGAGCAUUCACCAAGAAACUUGCUAGCGAAAAGAAAUGGGACGCCAUUGUCAUUGGUUCAGGAAUCGGAGGAUUGUCCGCCGCAGCGCUACUCAGCAAGGCUGGCAUGAAAGUUCUCGUUCUUGAAAAGCAUUACAAGUGCGGUGGUGCUUGCCAUACAUUUAGGGACGAUGGUUACGAAUUCGAUGUCGGGAUACACUACGUUGGCAAUUUCAUACGCCCAACACUCAUUCGAACUUUUCUGGAACAAAUCAGUGAUGGACAGAUCCAGUUUGCUAAAUUUGACAAUAAUGUAGAACGUUUAGUUUUGGACGCUAUGUCACCUUUGCAGCGAGAGUACACCAUUGCUUCAGGCCCCGAUGCCUUCGAAAAUCAGCUGAUCACGCAAUUUCCUGACGAAGAGCAAGGAAUCAAAGAAUUCUUCCGUUUGCUUAAAAGGGCAUACCAACCUCAAGGAUCUAUGGCUUAUUUUGCGUUUAAAUUAUUGCCACUCUGGUUCGUUAACGUACUCCGGUUCUUUGGUCUGCCACGUCGGCUGAGCGACUUCUAUGCCUUGUGUCAAGUCUCGGUAAAAGAAGCUAUCGAGAGCCACGUUAAGAACAAAGACUUGCAGUUUUUAUUAUCCUAUUCCACUGGCGGAUUUCUCGUACCUCCUAGUCGUGUUAGCCUACCCAUGAUGGCUUUGCUUCACGUCCAUUGCUGCGAAUAUGGAUCUUGCUACCCAGUCGGUGGAGCUUCAGAGAUGCCGUAUCGUAUUGUGCCGGUCAUUGAGCGAUCAGGUGGUCGAGUUCUCAUGAAGGCUCACGUUUCCCAGAUUCUGACGGAAGGAGGCAAGGUAGUAGGUGUACGAGUCGGCAAUAAAGAAAACUCGAUGGUUGAUAUCCACGCUCCCAUUGUCAUUUCGGAUGCGGGUAUGCACAACACUUUGCUGGAUCUUCUUCCGGAAAGAGUCGCCAAAAAGUCGCCUGCCUGGCCACUAAUGAAGACAAUCAAGCCAUCGUAUGGGAACAUAAGCGUUUUUAUAGGACUUCGGGGUACGCCAGAAGAAUUGGGUCUCACUGCGCAGAAUAUCUGGGUGCACGCCGGCUCCGACCUGGAAGAAAUAAUGAACCGAGUAAUGAAAUCAACUCUUCAAGACACACUGGAAAAACCUUUUCCAGCUCUUUUCCUUUCGUCAUCGGCUGCCAAAGAUCCUUCAUGGAAAAAUCGCUACUCAGAUCGUAGCACGUUAUCGGUUUUAACAUUUGCCCCAUAUUCUUGGUUUUCUCAAUGGUCCGGCCUACCAACAAAAAAGCGAGGCGAUGAUUACAAUAGUGAAAAUGCUAUCGGACAACAUAUCGUCGAUCAAGUGACUACUAUGUUCCCAAGUUUAAAGAAUGCGGUAGACUACGUUAGUGUCGGUAGUCCGGUUACAAUUGAGCACUUCCUAGUUACCAAACAAGGAGGCACGUACAACAUGGAACACGACCUCACUCGUUUCGGGGAGGAGCAAGCUUCGCUCUUGCGUCCUGAAUCCGGCAUUGAAGGAUUAUACUUCACCGGUCAGGAUGUGAUAUCGUGUGGCUUUGCAGCCUGCUUGUCCAGCGCCUUCCUCUGUGCCAGCGUAAUUUUGAAGAAAAGAUAUCUUCUUUCAUGGGAACUCUUUAAUUUACAUAGAAAACUUUAUGGCCUACCGAAAGGCAGAAAUGCUUUGUUUCUCUAAAAACGCAGUCUUUUUACUUCUAUUCGAAUAUUGGGUGAUUUCCAUUGAUCUAAUACAAUUUUAUCAAGACAUUUUUCCCAUAUGAUUUGCUGAUGUCCGAUAAGUAAGCGAGUGUAAACUCUAGUUGAUGAAAGAUGCCGAAAUUACAGAACAGCGAUGCUGUUUUUCAACUGUC